AUGUGGAAAGCUUGUCAAGAUAUUUUGCCCACGAAGGUCAACCUUUGUCGUCGCCAAGUCCUUGAGGAUGCUACGUGUGAAGCUUGCGGUUUGGAUUCUAAGACUAUUGGCCACCUUUUAUGGGACUGUCAGCGAGCCUGCGAGACUUGGGAACUUUCAGGAAUUCUGUUUGAUAUCACUGGAAUUCACUACAGGGACUUUAAAGAUCUCCUAUGGUACCUCAUCCUUACCAAAUAUGUAGAUAGAGACUUGCUUGUACUUAUUGUUACCAUGGCUUGGUGCAUGUGGUUUAACAAAAACAAAACACGCCUAGGCAGUCCGAGACAACCUAGCCAUGAAAUCCUCCACAAAGCCUGCCUCAUCCUGAAAGAGUUCCAGCUUAUCCACUUUCGGACGCCUCAUCACCACCAAGCCCAAGACUCAUGCUGGGUCCCCCCAACCUCUCCGUACUACAAAAUCAACACUGAUGUUGCUAUUUUUAAUAACUCAGUGGGCAUCGGUAUGGUAGUUCGGGACAACGAGGGAUCGGUGAUAGUAGCCAUAAGUAAACACCUCCAGUUACCCUUGGGCCCAUUGGAGGCUGAAGCCAAGGCAAUGGAGGAAGCUAUCUCUUUUGCAUGGUAUAUCGGAGUCCAAGAUGUUAUUUUUGAGACAGAUUGUAGCACUAUCUUUGAAGCUCUCAAUGGGUCCACCACACCCCCUGUUACUAUUGUAAACCUCAUUGUGGAUAUUUAG